CGUGAAACAAUAGAGAAUGUGUGAACAGCUUUUUCAGCUAUGUUUGCUUUACACGAAUUUAUAAUAACAUUUAUAAUAACGUGCCUCUCUAUGUAGCGUUUAGAAUAGGAAGAAUUGAAUUCGUGGUGGACGAAUAUGAAUUUUUUAAAGUUUUGUGUUGUUUUAUGUUUGCAUACUGUCGUAUCGACGUUUGGUCAAAAUAAUGGACAAAAUGUGCUUUAUGAACAGCCCACAAAGAAUAUUGUCUUCCAAACAAAUAGUGGACCUUCCAAUGGAGAUCGUCUACUCCAAAAUCCAGAAGGAACAAUACUAAGGCGUACUUUGCUACAAGAUAUGAAAGGGGAGCCUAGUAAAAACUUGCAAAAUGAAGGAUUGACCCGUCGCUUAUAUCAGACUAGAAGAACUGAAGACAAUAUUCAGUUUGCAUCUGAAAGUGCAAAGCCAAAUACUUAUAAAAAGCGGGAAUAUUUAAAUCCAAACAGAAAAGUAAUCAAUUAUAAUUACCAUAACCAACCGAACAUUAAACAACUACCCUUGAAUCUAGAGAAGGAAACUAGGUUAGAUUUACAAGGAAUAUCUUUGGAGAAUAAAAAUUUAUUAAUGAGCACUUCGUCACUGGGAAGUCCUCUGGAGCGGCAAUUACCCUCAGUAACAAAUUUGAAAUCGAAUGAAGAUAGGUUUAAUUCUAUACCAAUACACUUUAUAAAUAAAGCAAAAGAACUGUACAGUCUUCACUCAUCUGCUAAAAAUUUAAAACGGUACAUGAUAGUACACUCUGACGGAACUGUCGAGCAUAUUGAUAACUUGGAGAUGAUUGCUGAUAAGCAUCCUAAUAAUUAUAUUAUGAUCAAAUCUACGGAUUUUGAUAAAUACGCUCAAACUGAUAAAAAGAAUUUGCCUACAUCGAUAUCCGAAAACCAAUCAGGUGUUCUAUCUACGAAUGCACAUCAUUCAGCAAUCCCAUUAACUAAGCAAAAAGCAAAACAAGAAGUUUUUCCUAAAACAUCUAAAAAUAAAGAUAUAGAUGUAAUAAAACCUGAUCAAAAGGCAGGAUUAUUGUCAGAACUUUCCCCUGUAAAAGAAACCCUAUCAAGAAUACCACUUAAAACGUAUGCAUCAGAUAGCACACCGAAACAAGAUUUAACAAAAAAGAUACCGACUCAAAAACACAUACCACAGGAAAACUCAGUACCCAGAAAUUUAAGCAGACCUGUGAAAAAUAAUACAACUGCCACGCCUUUAGAAAAAAAAUCGAAGGACGAAGAUAAAAACAAUAAUAAAAUUUCAUCUAGUUGGAUCCCAGUAGAUAUUAAGGAAGAUAAAACAGACAAUAAUAAUAUCACAUCAUGCCCACCAGACUCUCCAACACCAAUUUCUGAAAACAUAGACUAUUCUGGGAUUUGGUUUACAGACAGAGAUUUUUGGGAUAAACUACAAAAUGACACACGUAAUAUCCUUUAUUUUUUUUUCGUCCCACCAUCGCCACAGGUGAAAAAGGAGACGAAGAUUACAGUAUACUCUAAUGGCACUGAAGUUGAAGAAACAAUCGAAAUAGUUGAUGAUGAAGACGGCAUUCCUCAAGCGUUGAAGUCGACGAAGGUAACGCACGCAACGGAAGACACAAAGGCUUAAAAAAUUUAAACCCAUAACUAGAAGUCAAG